AUGCUGUGCAUGAUCAUGCUGGUGCUUGACCAUGAGGGGUUUUGGGGUCUGCUGACGCCCCGCGCCCGUGAGCGACAUGGAGCGGUGCGUGAAGAGCUCGCAGCUAAGGUAGCCAGCAUCUAUGAAUCGCCUGGCUUCUUUCUAGGCUUGGAUCCAAUUCCAGGAGCCCUUGAAGCUAUGCAGGAGAUGAUCCACAUGCAGGACACCGAAGUCUUUAUUUGCACCAGUCCUCUCCGGAAAUACGAGCACUGCAUCGUGGAAAAGUAUAAGUGGGUAGAAAAACAUUUGGGACCCGAGUUUGUGGAGCGGAUUAUUCUAACCCGAGAUAAGACCAUCAUAUCUGCCGACUUGCUGUUUGAUGACAAGGAUACCAUUAGAGGCGUGGAGCUGAACCCGAGCUGGGAGCACAUCCUCUUCACCUGCUGCCACAACAGGCACGUCCAGCUGCAGGCACCGCGCCGGCGGCCGGGGGUCUCGGCGGACGACUGGAGGGCCAUCUUGGAAAGCAAGCGCGGGCAGUAA